GGACGCCCUCUAGCGAACACUUCACGGUGAACAGCGUCAACAUCCAUUGCCUCUAAAUGAAAUGCACCGGCCAAACACAUCCGUUUUAAAAAAAAAAUCGUACUGAAUUGAAGGUAAUUGGGCGUGUGUGACUUGCCUCACUGCUGGAGGACGUGUGAGUGCGGGGAUGCGUCGUGAAGAGCUAGGAUCAGACUUGACACAUAAGCGCCAUCUGACAAGCGGACGAUUCUUCUUCUCGUCCAAGGACGCGCCACCGAUGAACACCUUUACAGUGAGAUUUACAGCGAGUCGUUCGGAGAAAGAGAUGCACUAGAGUCUAGAGUGGAGGGGGACACCAGGUGUCUUCAGAGGAAGGACGCGCGCGCUGUUAUUUGGGCGUUGUGGGAGCGCGCGAGGGGUGUACUACAGGCGUUAUCCGGUGGGUGGGUUUUUUACGCGCGUUUUUUACUACUGUUUUCCUCCAAAUAACGGGGACGCAGGUGGAGAGGAGCCCACCUAUUUCCGCGACGCUCUCAGGGCACAGAGGGUUUUACGCCCCCCGAGAAACUGAGAACACACUAACACACACACACACGCGAACACAAACACAAUGCCUUUUUUUACUCGGUUUGUUCCUUUUGUCCAUUGAGUUGUGAAUCCACAACAGGGGGGAAACGGAGGACCGUGACGAGCACAGAUGACAUGAAAAGAGCAAUUGUGGGUGCACUGGUUUUGUAAAGCGAACAACUGAGAACCAUGACGGACCAGUACAGCAUGUUUCUGAACACGGCCCCCCCGCUGCGCCGGGGCAGCACGCCGCUGCCCGUCAAGCACCAGCUGAGGCGGGAGGAGGCCGUGUCCGAGGACUGCGAUUGGAUCCCCGGUCUGGAGGUCCCGCCCUCCACGCUGCCCAUCAGCGACAUGGGGUCGCCCCGCGGCGAGUCGGCCGGCGGUCUGAUGGUGGCCACGCCCACGUAUGGCGGUCAGCACGCCCACCACAGCGGGGCGCUGCGGAUCGUGCUGCUGGGGCAGACCGGCGUGGGGAAGUCGUCGCUGGCCCUCUCCCUCGCCGGCCAAUCGGAUCGCUCGCUGUCUAUUGACUCCGAGACACAAGCCUGCGGCGAGGGGUAUGAGCGGUCGGUGACGGUGGACGAUGAGGACAGCAAGCUCCUCAUUUACGACAACUGGAAGCAGGACCUGUCCGGGCUGCAGUGUGACGUGUGUGUGCUGGUGUUCUCGGUGACGGACAGGCGAAGCUUCCACCGCACGGCCCAGCUCCGCCUCCUGCUGCGGGAGUCGCUGCCCACCACGCCCAUUAUCCUGGUGGGCAACAAGAGCGACCUGGUGCGCUGCAGGGAGAUCAGCACUGAGGAGGCCCACUCCAGCGCCAUGAUGUUCGACUGCCUCUACCUGGAGCUGUCCGCCUCCCUGGACCACGGCACCGGGGAGCUGCUGGAGAGCGUGGUGCGGGCCGCCCGGGGCGACUGCGUGGGGCCCGGCUGGACCGACGGGGACCCCGGCUCGGGCCGCAGGGAGAGCCUGACCAGCAAGGCCAAGCGCUUCCUGGCGGGCCUGGUGCCGCGCUCGUACGGCCGCGACCGCGACCGCGGCCGCUACCGCGAGAUGAGCCGCCAGCGCGGCAGUAAGAUCCUGCGGCAGAAGUCACGGUCCUGCCAUGACCUGAGCGCCCUGUGACACCCCCCCCCCCCCCCCCCCCCC